ACACACACUCUGAGUUUGAGUUUGAGUUUGAGUUUCAGUCUGAGUGUGUGUGUGUGAGAGAGAGAGAGAGAGAGAGAGAGAGAGAGGCACAAGCACAAAUACAAAAACAACAUCACCCACAACAGUAUUCUGAGUAAUUCUCUUUGGUGCAGUUAUGACCGAAAAUUCAUAAAUGAGAUUUCUACAGUAGAGUGGAUGGGUGCAGUUGUCAUGGCGGCGUAGCAGAGACUCUAAUUCCGUGCCAUAAUUGCGCCCAGGGAAACAACUACUCAGGGAAUUCAAUUAACCAAACAUUUAUUAUUUCUAUUUUCUUUUUUACUUUGUUUUUGUUUGUUUUAAUUUAAGAAACAGUUUUCCUCAAAAGCUGCGAAAAAAAAAAACCAACCAGAUCAGAAGAUCAUACUUGAGACGCCCCCACACGGUCUCGCUACAGUGACAGUGAGAGAGUCAACAAGACCCAAAAAAAAAAAAAAAAGUUCGAGUGGGUGCAAAUUAAUAUACUAAGUAGAGUAUUAUUAUUAGUAUUAGUCAGCAAAUUAAAGACACUUUUUUAGUUUUUAUACACUUGAAAGCCAAAAAUAUUAUUACAGUUGCGGUCUCUGAUAAUAUAUAAACCUGUGAAGAAAAGAAAAAACUGUUUUAAGAUUCGCGAAGGUUCUUUUCUUCUGAUAUGGAUAUUAUCUCUGAAUUGAGGAUCGUAGAAGAGUGCAACAACAGAUUAUCAUUAUGGCUGGGUUUUUCUCUCUAGGAAGGCAGAACAAGGCAGAAGAACAAGAGGAAGAUCAAAGGGAAGACAACUGUCAAUUUUUGUUCAGGAACAACGUUAACGAGGAGAUCUACAACAAGGGAUUCGAGAUAUGGCCACAAUCCUCGUACCACCACCACCACCAGAACUUGACCAACUUCUACUCCUUCGGUGUGGGCCCUAGUCGCAGAAACAACAACAAUAGCUCCUCCAACAACAACGUUAACGACGAAGUUUCUGUGUCUUUCUCGGAUGAGUCGAACCGGUUCGGGUUCACCGUGAUGAGGUCCGGUGGCGGCGGCGUAGGUGGCGGCGGAAUGAACUGUGAGGACUGUGGGAACCAAGCGAAGAAAGAUUGUCAACACCUCAGAUGCAGAACCUGCUGCAAGAGUCGAGGGUUUCAGUGUCAGACUCACGUUAAGAGCACUUGGGUUCCCGCGGCUAAACGCCGUGAACGACAGCAACAACUUUCUGCGUUGCAGCAUCAGCAACAGAAUCAACAGCCACAGUUUCGUGGAGAUCACUCAAAACGACACAGAGAAAACAUCGAAGGUGCUGCUGCUGGUUCUCUCGCUUGCGUUCCAGUUCCUAUCACCACCACAGGGUUGGAGCUGGGGCAAUUUCCACCAGAGCUAAACUCUCCAGCGGUGUUUCGGUGUGUGAAAGUGAGUGCAAUGGAUGCACCGGACGAGCGUUACGCGUAUCAAACCGCAGUGAACAUAGGAGGACACGUUUUCAAGGGAAUUCUUUACGACCAAGGAACGGACGGUCCUUACGCGGGUGCAGGUUGUGAGGGUUCCUCCGGUGGCGGUGGCGAAGCUCAGCCACUAAGUCUAAUGGCUGCAGCCACAACCACCACCGCCGCCACAACAAGCGGAAACCCUUUUGAGGCUUCACUCUACACGGCUCCGAUGAAUGCCUACAUGGCUGGUACGCACUUCUUCCCACCCCCAAGAUCCUAAGGACGUUUCACAUUUCUCUCUCACACUCUCACUCUUUCUCUUUCUAUCUAGCUAAGCUAAUAAUGAUUGAGAGUUGAAACCGGGUAGUAUUUUUAUUUUUUCAUGGAUUCUUAUUAUGGUUAAGGUUGUUGGGUGUUAUAUGUGCCAUCAUCUUAAGUUCUUAACAUCAUCAGCUGAAGUAGCUGCUACUACUAGCUUAGACUAGUUAAGAAGAGUUCACAAAUGAUUACGUCGAAGAUGGUUCACGAAAUUAAAGGAGGGGUGGGAUGUUUGUUUUUGUUUUGUUUUGUUUUGUUUUUGUCCGAAUCUCAGUGCAGAUUUUCAUGUUGUUUUGUUGUUAUCGAAAUACUACUACUCCUCAUUCUCGAUCAUCAAUUCUAGAGCACAUGAUAAUAUAUUUUGUU